AUGACGAGGCUUUUAGAAGAAAUACAUGCAGGAAUAUGUGGACUUCGUAUGAAUGGGUUCACUCUAGAUAAGAAGAUCUUAAGAAAUGGAUAUUUUUGGAUGACCACGGAGAGAGAUAACAUUCGAUACGUGCAAAAGUAUCAUCAAUGCCAAGUACAUGGAGAUUUUAUACGAGUUCCACCAAAUGAGCUCAAUGUUAUGGGUUACCCUUGGUCAUUUGUCGCUUGGGGCAUGGAUUUAAUUAGACCUAUAGAGCCUUCUACAUUAAAUGGACAUCGUUUCAUCCUUGUGGCUAUCGAUUAUUUCACAAAAUGGGUCGAAGUAUCGACAUAUAAGGCAAUAACUAAGAAAGUAGUGGCAGACUUUGUUCGCAACAAUAUCAUUUGUCGGUUUGGGAUUCUAGAAUCAAUCAUAAAAGAUAAUACAACUAAUCUCAAUAUCUAUCUUAUGAAGGAAAUUUGUGAGCAAUUUAAGAUUUCUCAUCGAAACUCCACAACUUAUCGGCCACAAAUGAAUAAAGCAGUUGAAGCAGCAAAUAAGAAUAUCAAGAAGAUUUUAAGGAAGAUAGUGGAUAGUCACAGACAAUGGCACGAGAAGUUACAAUAUGCUCUGCUUGGUUAUUGUACCAUCAAAAAAUCCACUGGGGAAACUCCUUAUAUGUUGGUUUAUAGUUCAGAAGCUAUAAUACCUGCUGAAGUAGAAAUACCAUCUUUAAACAUUAUUCAAGAUGUCGGGGGUUAG